CUUGUUAAAUAUUUACAUGUACUAAAAAUCUAGUUUUUAGUAGAGGGUAGGAGAGCUGGAAAUGCACUAAUGGUUAUGACUAGUGCCAUGUUUAAUUACAUGCACUUAAUUACAAAAUCCAGCACUAAUAACAAGGUUUAGCUCACGGUAAACCUAAGGCCUAGCAGAACAUUUCCUCUUGCACAACAUAGUAAUUAUUCAGGUACUUCUUGCUGAUUGUUAUACUGUAGAAAUUGUAUUGAGCUGUACAUACACAAAUCUAGAUGUGAAAUAAUAAGAAUUUUAAGAUAAAUUAUAGAGACAAAAAAGUAGGCACCUGAGUGAGGAAUUUUUUCUGUUCUUGCCAGAAAUCUAAGGCAGGUUAAAAAUGUUGUGGCUGUGUAAACACUAUGUAGGUGUGCUGGAUAGAGAGUGACAAACUAUGAAACUUGCUUUUUUUAAUGAUUGUAUAUGAUUUAUAAUUGUUUGUUAAAAGGUUAUUUACAUCAUUGUAUGUGGAGAGAGCAAUUAGUGCUUAGUUUUGCUAAUUGCUAUGUUUUUGUCAUUUGAUGAGUAGAACUGGGAUUGGAUCUAUGCCUGCUUAAUUGUUAACUGAACACCACUGAAAACAGCAGACUAAUUUAAUAUAUGUAUAAAGUACUUCAGAAAAUGAGAGUUAACCUUUUUACUUUAGCAUUAGCAAAGUAUUAUGGAUAAGAACUUUCAAGAAGAACAGUUUACAGGAAUUACUAAGUUUACACCUCCUUUGUGCAAACAACGCUACCAGUUCAUUAAAGACUUAGUGGAGAAAUACAAACCUAAGAAGGUGGCAGAUUUAGGAUGUGCUGACUGCACGCUUCUCUGGAUGCUGAAAUUCUGUAGUUGCAUUGAAGUGUUAGCUGGGCUAGAUAUCUGUGCAAGUGUAAUGAAAGAGAAAAUGCAUAGGCUGUCUCCUCUUCCUGUUGAUUACUUGCAACCACCUGAAAGAUCUCUGACUGUUAUAUUGCUUCAUGGUUCAGUUGCCCAUAAAGAUCCUUGCAUGCUUGGUUUUGACUUGGUAACGUGUAUUGAACUAAUAGAGCACCUGGAAGAAUCAGAACUAAAGAAGUUUCCUGAAGUGGUGUUUGGUUUCAUGGCUCCAAGCCUAGUUGUGAUCAGUACUCCAAAUUCUGAAUUUAACCCUUUGCUUCCAGGAGUGACAUUAUUCAGGCAUCCAGACCACAAAUUUGAAUGGAACCAAGUGCAAUUUCAAAGCUGGUCUCUAGAGAUUGCUAGACAAUAUGGUUACUCCGUGGAAUUUACUGGCGUAGGUCACCCACCAACAGGAAUGGAGAAUGUUGGGUUUUGUACCCAAAUAGGUGUGUUUGUUAAAAAAUACCCUCAAACCAGUGAAUCUGCUCAGUCUGAGACACCCACUGAAGGAGUUUACAAAACAGUCUUCAGAGCAGUGUAUCCAAGUCUUAAAGAUGAGAAGUACCUGCAGAAUGCAGUGGUCAGUGAAGUUAUUUUCACAGCACAAAUCAUUAAGCGACGUCUGCUGGACCGUUUAAUGUCAGAACAUGAGGAAUAUAAUGAUGAUACUACUGAGAGAAAAUCCAAAUUCCAACUUUUAAUGAACUGUUUUUCAGAAGAUCUUGGAAAACUGGUGGUUGAAAAAAGCAUGGAACCUUUUGUCAAGGGAAAAGUGGUUUAUAUACCUCUUAGAACAAUCUUUUCUUUUCCCAAAGUGAAUCAACUUUGUAGUACCUUUGAGAAAUUAUGCAAGCUUAUUGCUACCAAGGUCACACUGAGCAGUGAUGGUUCUGCUGUGAUGUUCAAUAUUGAACAUGAAAACAAAGAGAAUUAGGUCACAGAUUUCUCAUACAGUUGAAGUAAUAAAAGUGGGGUUUUAGUAGUUGUCAAAUGGUUCUGUAUGCUAAUUAGAACCACAAAAUCUUUUCUAAACCUUUCAGUAUUUAUCCAUCAGCACUUCUGAGUGCUUCUGACAAAGAUCACAGUAACUCCUAAGGUUUUGAAGUAGAGCAUCAGGGGCUAAAAGGAAAGAAUUCAUUCCCGUGAAGAGAAAUUUUAAGUGGUUCUGUUGGUUUUCUGUAACCAUAUUACAGCUAUCAUGACUAGAUUCUGUUUGGUAAUCUUUUUUUAGCUCCCAGGAUAGUUGAUAAUAACACAGAAGUAUGUUAUGCUGAAUAAUACAAGUCGGCCAUAGGUUUAAGGCAAGUUUUUUUCAAUAGAGUAAAAUAUAUAGAUGCCUUUUUUCAAGAGCAGCACAUACUCAGCCUUUGGGAAAACCAAAUAUUGUUCCAGAUAAAUUGGAAUAUGCCACAAACAUUUGUAGCUCAGUAAAUUCAGUAUUGGGGAAGAAUAUUAUGAUGUUGGAUAUAAGGGGGGGGAAAAGUGUAGAUUUAGCUCUAUUGUGUUAUCCAGUUUCUUUAACUGCUGCUUGGGAAAUAAUUUGCAUCCUGUAACUUUUCAGAAGUUGAACUUAAUUGAAACUGGUAUCUUUGUUCUGUGUUUG